GAAAACACACAGUUAUCAGGCAUAUGUCAGUUGCUCUAAUCACUGCUAGAAUUCGGGGUCACGAGAAUCUCCUAAACUGAGGAAAGUAAUAGGAAAGCUUCAAGUAGAAUUUCAACAUGAUACUGACAAAGCUUGUAGAUCCUCGUACAAAAGUUAAGAUGUCAAGAGUGCACGUCAUUUGGAAUCCAAAGAUAUUAAUGAUCAUCUUCCUACUAUCUUUGACAGCCUUUGCUCUGUUCUUCAUUCUGGGAAAUAAAUCUUACAAGGCCACCUGGGUCAAAGAAGGUACGGGAAUUCACAGUAAUUCUUUACAGUUUAUGCAAAAUGUUACGAUCUAUUUGGCUGAUAAUAUAAUUCGAUCCCCUUUUUUGGCAAAAAUGACUUACUUGCAUACUCUGUAUCUUUGGGUUAAAUUUCACAUGGUUUCUCUUUUUUUUGAUCCAGAUGUGGAAGAAGAUAAACAUUCCUCAUUGCCUAAUAACAACAAACAGGUGGAUGAGCUUCUUGGUGGGCUUUUGAAGGAAGGAUUAGAUGAGAAAUCAUGCCGAAGUCGGUACGAAUCAGCAUGGUAUCAUAAAGGGCUAAAACGCCAGCCUUCUUCACAUCUCAUCUCAACAUUAAGAAGUUAUGAAGCCCUUCACAAACGAUGCGGACCGUACACAGAAUCCUACAAUAAAACCGUUGGAUAUCUCAAUUCAGGGGAGUACAACAGUUCCAGUAAUAAUAUUACAGAUUGUAAGUAUGCUGUUUGGACUCCUCAAGAAGGAUUGGGAAACAGAAUAAUGAGUCUGGUUUCCACUUUCCUCUAUGCUCUGUUAACAAAAAGGGUCCUUCUUGUUGACAGUAGAGUUCACAUUUCUGAUCUAUUCUGCGAACCGUUCCCUGAAAGUUCUUGGUUGGUCCCCUCCGAUUUUCCACUCAUCGAUGAGUUGUGGCAGUUUAGGAAGGAAUCUAGCAUGAGUUAUGGGAAUUUGAUGAGGAACCAUUUCAUGCUUAGUUCGAAUAACGGUUCUUGGAUGAUACCAUAUGUUUAUAUCCAUCUGGUCGAUAAUUACAACGACGAAGAUAAGCCUUUCUUCUGCGACGAUGAUCAAACCGUUGUCCAGGAAAUACCCUGGCAAAUCCUGAAAUCAGACGAGUAUUUCGUUCCAUCUUUUUUCCUAAUCCCAUCUUUCCAACAAGAAUUGGACCGCCUUUUCCCCGAAAAGGAUACCGUCUUUCAUCUCCUCGGGCGCUACCUAAUUCAUCCCGCAAACACGGUUUGGAGGGCAAUCACAAGGUAUUACAAUGCCUAUUUAGCUGGAGCACAUGAAAAGAUUGGGAUCCAAAUAAGAAUCUUCAACAAAGAACCCAACCCUUUUGUGCAUUACAUGGAUCAAAUCUUCACCUGUGUGUUCAAGGAGAAUGUGCUGCCCCAAAUCAGUUGGACACUAAAAUCUCUCUCAGGAAAUUCAACAAACAGCACAAAGGCGGUACUUGUGACAUCCCUGAGUUCUGAAUACUAUAAGGCCCUGAAAAACAUGUUUGAUGAGCACCCAACUAUAACAGGGGAAAUCAUUCAGGUUUACCAGCCAAGCCAUGAAGGGUAUCAACAAUAUGGAAAUGAAAUCCACGAUAUGAAAGCUUGGGCAGAGAUGUACCUCCUGAGCCUGACGGAUAAGAUGGUUACGAGUUCGAAAUCGACUUUCGGGUACGUUGCUCAAAGUCUUGGUGGUAUGAAGCCAUGGAUUCUUUACAGGCCUGAAGAUUACAAUGCCCCGAAUCCAGCUUGUCAGCGUGCUUUGUCAAUGGAACCUUGUUUCCAUGCUCCUCCGGGUUUCGAUUGCAACACCAAUAACCCGAUCGAUACCGGUAAAGUUGUUCCCUUUGUCCGGCAUUGUGAGGACAUGCAAUGGACCUGGGGACUUAAACUGUACGGCAAACAAGGGGAACAAGCGUUUGACAACUCCAUUUAUAGCUCUUCGGGUCCUCGUUUAGUUUUCGAAUAA